UGGCAAGAAGGUGGUGAGUGGGAAGGUGGUGGUGAAAAGAGGGAGCAGGAGGAGGAGGACGUAGAUCUCCUCCUCUCCUCUGCCUGUGUGAUUAUGUGCAUUAAAGCUGUGACAGCGUUCAGAUCAACACAUGGGAGAAGGACACGCACACACACAUGCACACACGCACACGCACACACGCACACACGCACCAAAACCAAAGAGUGGCAGAGGAAGUGGAGCUCUUCUUCACCGUCACUGCCUGUAGGCUGACUGGAGGAGAGACACGGAGCCUGGAGGACAGAGGGGAGGCAACGGAGAGAGAGAGGGGCAGACGAGGAGCGUGCGAGGAGUAGAGAGAGAGAGAGAGAGGCGGCGCUGCAGUUUUUGUCGGAGACUUGGUGCAGGAAGGCAGCGCGGAGAGAACCCACCCAGCCGCCCCGUCCUCUGGUCCUGUCCAGCGUCCACGUCCCCAGGGCUUCACUGUCACCAGCCUACUCACACACACGGUCCCUCGUCCAGACACACACGGACAGGAAGCCCUGAGUCGACCAACGGCGUCCGUGGGGAGGAGCAUGUUGUGACAUCAUGACCCUGGAGAUGGAGAAGACCAUCACCAAGAUGAUGUACGACUUCCAGAGGAACUCCACCUCUGACGAUGACUCCGGCUGUGCCCUGGAGGAGUACGUCUGGGUUCCCCCUGGUCUCAGCCCCGAGCAGGUGCAUCAGUACUAUAACUCCUUACCAGAGGACAAGGUUCCGUACAUCAACAGUGCUGGUGAGAAAUAUCGACUCAAACAACUGUUGCACCAGUUGCCCCCACAUGACAACGAGGUGCAUUACUGCAACGGCCUGGACGAGGAGGAGAAGCAGGAGCUGAAGCUCUUCAGCAACCAAAGGAAGAAGGACAACCUGGGUCGAGGCAACGUCCGGCCUUUUCCACUGACCAUUAACGGAGCGAUCUGUGACAAGUGUGGUGGUCAGAUAAAUGGGGGAGACAUUGUGGUCUUUGCAGCCAGAGCGGGUCAUGGAAAGUACUGGCACCCCCAGUGUUUCGUCUGCACCAUGUGUGAGGAGCUGCUGGUGGAUCUGAUCUAUUUCUACCAGGACGGAAAGCUUUACUGCGGCCGACAUCACGCUGAGAGGCUGAAGCCGCGCUGCUGUGCCUGUGAUGAGAUCAUCUUUGCUGACGAGUGCACCGAGGCUGAAGGCAGACACUGGCACAUGAGGCACUUCUGUUGUUAUGAGUGUGAGACCACCCUGGGGGGGCAGCGCUACAUCAUGAAGGACGGACGACCACACUGCUGCAACUGCUUUGAGUCUCUGUACGCAGAGUACUGUGACGCAUGUGGGGAACACAUAGGAAUCGACCAGGGUCAGAUGACGUACGAUGGUCAGCACUGGCACGCCACCGAGGAGUGUUUCUGCUGCACCCACUGCAAGCGCUCCCUGCUGGGCCGCCCCUUCCUGCCAAAGCAGGGUCAGAUCUUCUGCUCUCAGUCCUGCAGUGCUGGACAGGAUCCGGACGAGUCGGACUCAUCGGAUUCAGCUUUCCAGAGUGCCCGUUCCCACCGGGGGCGACCCAACGCCGAAGUCCGCCAACCAGCACCUCUCCCCAAGCCCGAUCGACUAUCGGUAGAGAUCGACCCACUGUCCGUGCCGAUGGACCGCCUCAGCCUUUCAUCCAGCCAGACGCCCAGCAGGACGCCCAAUCGCACGCCCAGUCGCACGCCCAGUCGCGCCCCGAGCCUUAACCAGGUGUGGAUGAGCAGAGAUGAGCCUUAUGUGCCUGCGAGCUUUGAUGGGCCGCAGCAUGACCCCUCCCCCGCCCCCACAUCCGUCCAUAUGCUGGGCCAGUGUAACCUAAGACAAGGCUUUGGACCCAAUACCAACGCUCACCCUCCCCCCCAGAACCCCGUUAACCAAGGAAACAGACCGGGUUCCUGGGACAAGGAACAAGGCAAUCCCAAGCGGACGCCCAUGGCUGCUCUGAGGGGCCAUUCUUUUAACGACAACUGGAUCCACCACAGCCAGGACGGGUUCAGACCUAAUAAGCUUCGUACUCAGAUGAGCUUCAACGAGAUGUCGAGCCAGAACCAGGGCAUCUCGGACAAAAGGAGCAUCAGCCUUCAUGGGUUUCAAAGGAACGGCAGACCUCCACUGACCAGGAGGAACCCCAUCACCACCAUGAGCUUCAACGAGCCGCUCACGCCGGUAGAACAGACUCCUCACGGAUCCAUGGACAGCAUAACCGUCCCCGCUGCUACAGGUAACUCUCUGGACGGGGUCAGUAAGCGCCAGGAGAACUUGUCCAGGUUCUCCAUGCCGGAUUUGAGUAAAGACUCCGGAGUGAACGUGUCAGAGAAGAGCACCAUGGGAACCCUUAGUUCCUCGGUGCAGUUCCACAGCACAGAGUCGCUGUCCUCGUCUCAGCCCUACAACAACAACAACGCCUACACGCCCCUCAAGUGUGGCUACCCGCUGCAGUACUGGAACGGCCCGCAGCCGCUGGACUACGCCGCCAAACGCUUGAGCGGUAAGAAGGACGGCAGAAAUGCAGAUCAGGAGCGACGCAACGCCGAAGUCCGCCAACCAGCACCUCUCCCCAAGCCCGAUCGACUAUCGGUAGAGAUCGACCCACUGUCCGUGCCGAUGGACCGCCUCAGCCUUUCAUCCAGCCAGACGCCCAGCAGGACGCCCAAUCGCACGCCCAGUCGCACGCCCAGUCGCGCCCCGAGCCUUAACCAGGUGUGGAUGAGCAGAGAUGAGCCUUAUGUGCCUGCGAGCUUUGAUGGGCCGCAGCAUGACCCCUCCCCCGCCCCCACAUCCGUCCAUAUGCUGGGCCAGUGUAACCUAAGACAAGGCUUUGGACCCAAUACCAACGCUCACCCUCCCCCCCAGAACCCCGUUAACCAAGGAAACAGACCGGGUUCCUGGGACAAGGAACAAGGCAAUCCCAAGCGGACGCCCAUGGCUGCUCUGAGGGGCCAUUCUUUUAACGACAACUGGAUCCACCACAGCCAGGACGGGUUCAGACCUAAUAAGCUUCGCACCCAGAUGAGCUUCAACGAGAUGUCGAGCCAGAACCAGGGCAUCUCGGACAAAAGGAGCAUCAGCCUUCAUGGGUUUCAAAGGAACGGCAGACCUCCACUGACCAGGAGGAACCCCAUCACCACCAUGAGCUUCAACGAGCCGCUCACGCCGGUAGAACAGACUCCUCACGGAUCCAUGGACAGCAUAACCGUCCCCGCUGCUACAGGUAACUCUCUGGACGGGGUCAGUAAGCGCCAGGAGAACUUGUCCAGGUUCUCCAUGCCGGAUUUGAGUAAAGACUCCGGAGUGAACGUGUCAGAGAAGAGCACCAUGGGAACCCUUAGUUCCUCGGUGCAGUUCCACAGCACAGAGUCGCUGUCCUCGUCUCAGCCCUACAACAACAACAACGCCUACACGCCCCUCAAGUGUGGCUACCCGCUGCAGUACUGGAACGGCCCGCAGCCGCUGGACUACGACGUCAAACGCUGUAUCGGCGUGAUGGACAGCAGCGGGAAUCUUCGUAUGGCUCCUCUGAGCGACCGAAUGCCCCGCCGCCGCAUCAACGCUCAGGAGUCCGUGAGCCAACCGCUGCAGCCACAGCCCCGGCUCCGCAAACACCACAGAGGAGGCCACGGUAACAGACCGCACUGCAGCGGGCGGCACCACAGCCGCUCUCGCCGCUCGCGCUCGGACAACGCCCUGCACCUGGCGGCCGACAGACCCACUCAGGUGGUGGAGCUCCCGUACCGCCGGGUGCAGGAGGAUUACGACCGCUUCCCCGCCGGUCACGCCGCCAGGGAGUUGUUUGGCAUGGAGCCGGACGGGCACCGGCAGCCGGCGCACCAGCCCUGCCCCCGCACCACCUCUGAGCUCACGCUGCAGAACGCUGGCUGGCAGCACGUGGGGCUGGGGGGGCCGUGCUGGGGAGACGGGUACGUGGGGACGAACGACACUUGGUGCUCCAGCUGCUCCUCGUCCUCCGAGUCAGAGGCAGAUGAGGCUUAUUUCCUGGGAGAACCGAUCCCUCGGCCGGUGCAGCUGUGCUACAUCAAUAACGAAGAACUGCGCCACCGCUACACGCCCUCGGGAAUGGGCGGCCAUCACGGGCCGCUGCACGGACCGAUUCACGGGCAGCUUCACACUCGACAGAGGAGGAAGAGCAAAAACUGCAUCAUUUCCUAGAUAUGAAGAGGAGAGAUGACGGGCGAGAGAGAGAGAGAGAGAGAGAGGGAGAGAGAGAGAGAGAGAGGGAGAGAG